UGGAGUACAGUGGUGUGAUCUCAGCUCACUGCAACCUCUGCCUUCCAGGCUCAAGUGAUUCUCCCGCCUCGGUCUUCUGAGUAGCUGAGAUUACAGGCGUGCACCACCACACCCGGCUAAUUUUUAUAUUUUUAGUAGAGACUGGGUUUCACCAUGUUGGCCAGGCUGGUCUUGACCUCCUGACCUCAAGUGAUUCACCCGCCUCGGCCUCCCAAGGUGUUGGGAUUACAGGCCUGAGCCACCGGGCACCCGGCGCAUUUUAUCUAUUUAAAAAACGAAUAACAAAAAUCAGGAUAACAGUUAUACCACUGAUAUUUAACAUGGCUCUGGAUGUUCUUGUCAAUGCCUCCAGAUGAGAGAAGUAUAUAAAUAUCAAAAAUCGGUGCACACCACUGUGCCCAGCAAGGAAACAUCUUUUAAAAAUGGGAGACACCAGGCCAUAUUAGAGGCUCAAUCCAAUAGUGAGGGCGAGGCUGAUGAUACAAGAGAAGAAUUGAAGAAGCGAUGCCCUUGAGAAUGCUUGAAGCCCUGGGAUGCCAAGUGCAAGUGGAGCGAUUGCCCUUUAACCAGAAGAACACUUUGUCUGCUAUUGAAAAAAGGUGGAAAGAGGUUAUGAAGAAUGGUGCAGAUAUUAGAAGUUUUGUAGAAUUUUUUUUUUUGGAGACGGAGUCUCGCUCUACCCAGGCUGCAGUGCCGUUGCAGGAUCUGCAAUCUCCACCUCCCGUGUUCAAUCUAUUCUACCUCAGCCUCCCGAGUAGCUGGGAUUACAGACGCGUGCCACCACGCCCGGCUAAUUUUUGUAUUUUUAGUAGAGAUGGCGUUUCACCAUGUUGGCCAGGCUGGUCUCAACUGCUGACCUCGUGAUCCUCCCGCCUCAGCCUUCCGAAGUGCUGGGAUUACAGGCGUGAGCCUCCAUGCCUGGCCAGAAGUUUUGUAGAUUUAGCCGUGGCAUGAUCAAGGAGUUCCUAUCCGACAGUUUCUAUUUUCUCAAUGAGUUUUCUGAAAAAAAGGGGAGAGGCUGUUUCCCAGGGAGUGCACAAUUCUGAAGGCUAACCAGGGGCGCCUGGUUUUGGGCAACUACAAAUGGUUGUGUUCAAACUAAGCGUGUAAAGGUUGUGUUCAAACUAAGCUGGGCGCCUGUAGUCCCAGCUACUUGGGAGGCUGAAGCAGGAGAAUGGUGUGAACCCGGGAGGUUUCGGACUCGGGUUGGAGUGUCAAGAGAGAAGGCAGGAGCGUUUAGUCUGCUUCAGAUAUGAAGACUCCCUGUAUUCCCAGUCCUAAGCAAGGGAGCAAAGGCAGGGGACAGAGCCCUGCUGCUCAGUUUGCGAUCCCCGCGUCCAGGAUGGAGCAGCUGAACGAACUGGAGCUGCUGAUGGAGAAGAGUUUUUGGGAGGAGGCGGAGCUGCCGGCGGAGCUAUUUCAGAAGAAAGUGGUAGCUUCCUUUCCAGGAACAGUUCUGAGCACAGGAAUGGAUAACCGGUACCUGGUGUUGGCAGUCAAUACUGUACAGAACAAAGAGGGAAACUGUGAAAAGCGCCUGGUCAUCACUGCUUCACAGUCACUAGAAAAUAAAGAACUAUGCAUCCUUAGGAAUGACUGGUGUUCUGUUCCAGUAGAGCCAGGAGAUAUCAUUCAUUUGGAGGGAGACUGCACAUCUGACACUUGGAUAAUAGAUAAAGAUUUUGGAUAUUUGAUUCUGUAUCCAGACAUGCUGAUUUCUGGCACCAGCAUAGCCAGUAGUAUUCGAUGUAUGAGAAGAGCUGUCCUGAGUGAAACUUUUAGGAGCUCUGAUCCAGCCACACGCCAAAUGCUAAUUGGUACGGUUCUCCAUGAGGUGUUUCAAAAAGCAAUAAAUAAUAGCUUUGCCCCAGAAAAGCUACAAGAACUUGCUUUUCAAACAAUUCAAGAAAUAAGACAUUUGAAGGAAAUGUACCGCUUAAAUCUAAGUCAAGAUGAAAUAAAACAAGAAGUAGAGGACUAUCUUCCUUCGUUUUGUAAAUGGGCAGGAGAUUUCAUGCAUAAAAACACUUCGACUGACUUCCCUCAGAUGCAGCUCUCUCUGCCAAGCGAUAAUAGUAAGGAUAAUUCAACAUGUAACAUUGAAGUCGUGAAACCAAUGGAUAUUGAAGAAAGCAUUUGGUCCCCUAGGUUUGGAUUGAAAGGCAAAAUAGAUGUUACAGUUGGUGUGAAAAUACAUCGAGGGUAUAAAACAAAAUACAAGAUAAUGCCGCUGGAACUUAAAACUGGCAAAGAAUCAAAUUCUAUUGAACACCGUAGUCAGGUUGUUCUGUACACUCUACUAAGCCAAGAGAGAAGAGCUGAUCCAGAGGCUGGCUUGCUUCUCUACCUCAAGACUGGUCAGAUGUACCCUGUGCCUGCCAACCAUCUAGAUAAAAGAGAAUUAUUAAAGCUAAGAAACCAGAUGGCAUUCUCAUUGUUUCACCGUAUUAGCAAAUCUGCUACUAGACAGAAGACACAGCUUGCUUCUUUGCCACAAAUAAUUGAGGAAGAGAAAACUUGUAAAUAUUGUUCACAAAUUGGCAAUUGUGCUCUUUAUAGCAGAGCAGUUGAACAACAGAUGGAUGGUAGUUCAGUCCCAAUUGUGAUGCUGCCCAAAAUAGAAGAAGAAACCCAGCAUCUGAAGCAAACACACUUAGAAUAUUUCAGCCUUUGGUGUCUAAUGUUAACUCUGGAGUCACAAUCGAAGGAUAAUAAAAAGAAUCACCAAAAUAUCUGGCUAAUGCCUGCUUCGGAAAUGGAGAAGAGUGGCAGUUGCAUUGGAAACCUGAUUAGAAUGGAACAUGUAAAGAUAGUUUGUGAUGGGCAAUAUUUACAUAAUUUCCAAUGUAAACAUGGUGCCAUACCUGUCACAAAUCUAAUGGCAGGUGACAGAGUUAUUGUAAGUGGAGAAGAAAGGUCACUGUUUGCUUUGUCUAGAGGCUAUGUGAAGGAGAUUAACAUGACAACAGUAACUUGUUUAUUAGACAGAAACUUGUCGGUCCUUCCAGAAUCAACUUUGUUCAGAUUAGACCAAGAAGAAAAAAAUUGUGAUAUAGAUACCCCAUUAGGAAAUCUUUCCAAAUUGAUGGAAAACACGUUUGUCAGCAAAAAACUUCGAGAUUUAAUUAUUGACUUUCGUGAACCUCAGUUUAUAUCCUACCUUAGUUCUGUUCUUCCACAUGAUGCAAAGGAUACAGUUGCCUGCAUUCUAAAGGGUUUGAAUAAGCCUCAGAGGCAAGCGAUGAAAAAGGUACUUCUUUCAAAAGACUACACACUCAUCGUGGGUAUGCCUGGGACAGGAAAAACAACUACGAUAUGUACUCUCGUAAGAAUUCUCUACGCCUGUGGUUUUAGCGUUUUGUUGACCAGCUAUACACACUCUGCUGUUGACAAUAUUCUUUUGAAGUUAGCCAAGUUUAAAAUAGGAUUUUUGCGUUUGGGUCAGAUUCAGAAGGUUCAUCCAGCUAUCCAGCAAUUUACAGAGCAAGAAAUUUGCAGAUCAAAGUCCAUUAAAUCCUUAGCUCUUCUAGAAGAACUCUACAAUAGUCAACUUAUAGUUGCAACAACAUGUAUGGGAAUAAACCAUCCAAUAUUUUCCCGUAAAAUUUUUGAUUUUUGUAUUGUGGAUGAAGCCUCUCAAAUUAGCCAACCAAUUUGUCUGGGCCCCCUUUUUUUUUCACGGAGAUUUGUGUUAGUGGGGGACCAUCAGCAGCUUCCUCCCCUGGUGCUAAACCGUGAAGCAAGAGCUCUUGGCAUGAGUGAAAGCUUAUUCAAGAGGCUGGAGCAGAAUAAGAGUGCUGUUGUACAGUUAACCGUGCAGUACAGAAUGAACAGUAAAAUUAUGUCCUUAAGUAAUAAGCUGACCUAUGAGGGCAAGCUGGAGUGUGGAUCAGACAAAGUGGCCAAUGCAGUGAUAAACCUACCUCACUUUAAAGAUGUGAAGCUGGAACUGGAAUUUUAUGCUGACUAUUCUGAUAAUCCUUGGUUGAUGGGAGUAUUUGAACCCAACAAUCCUGUUUGUUUCCUUAAUACAGACAAGGUUCCAGCGCCAGAACAAGUUGAAAAAGGUGGUGUGAGCAAUGUAACAGAAGCCAAACUCAUAGUUUUCCUAACCUCCAUUUUUGUUAAGGCUGGAUGCAGUCCCUCUGAUAUUGGUAUUAUUGCACCGUACAGGCAGCAAUUAAAGAUCAUCAAUGAUUUAUUGGCACGUUCUAUUGGGAUGGUCGAAGUUAAUACAGUAGACAAAUACCAAGGAAGGGACAAAAGUAUUGUCCUAGUAUCUUUUGUUAGAAGUAAUAAGGAUGGAACUGUUGGUGAACUCUUGAAAGAUUGGCGACGUCUUAAUGUUGCUAUAACCAGAGCCAAACAUAAACUGAUUCUUCUGGGGUGUGUGCCCUCACUAAAUUGCUAUCCUCCUUUGGAGAAGCUGCUUAAUCAUUUAAACUCAGAAAAAUUAAUAUCCUUUUUCUUCUGUAUAUGGUCACAUUUGAUUGCACUGUUGUGAGUAUUUAUUUACUUGUUUAAAUUAAAGCUCUCACUAUGUUGCUUAAGCUGGUCUUGAACUCCUGGGCUCAAGCGAUCCUCCCGCCUAGGCCUCCCAAAGUGCCGUGAUUACAGAUGUGAGCCACGGCCCCCAGCCUAUAACCCUUUUUUAAUCCAGAACAAAUGAUUAGAUUAAAAUGGAGUAUUAUUUAUUUUAUAUACAGGGCCUUGCUUUGUCACCCAGGCUGCAGUGCAGUGAUAUGAUCAGAGCUCACUGCACCCUCAAUCUCCCAGGCUAAAGUGAUCUUCCUACCUCAGCCUCCCCAGUAGCUGGGCCCACAGGUGCAUGCCACCAUGCCCAGCUAAUUUUUGUAUUUUUUUGUAAAGACAGGGUUUCACCAUGUUGCCCAGGCUGGUUUUGAACACCUGGGCUCAAGUGAUUCACUCGCCUCCUCCCAAAGUGCUGGGACUACAGGUGUCAGCCACCACACUCAGCCUUUUUUUUCCCCAAGAAGUGGUGCCUAACUUCACUCAGGCUGGAGUGUAGUGGCAGGAUCACUCCUCACUACAGCCUUGACCUGGACUCAAAUAGUCCUCCCACCUUACCUUUCUGAGUAUCUGGGACCACAGGUACGUACCACCACGCUUGGCUAAUUUUUUAAAAUUUUUAAUAGGAGGUGAGCCACUGCACCUGGCCUUAAGAUAAAUCGUUUUUUAAAAAUGUGUAUGGGCUGGGCCUGGUGGCUCACACCUGUAAUCCUAGCACUUUGGGAGGCUGAAGCAGGUGGAUUGCGAGGUUGAGAUUGAGACAAUCCUGGCUAACAUGGUGAAACCCCGUCUCUACUAAAAAUACAAAAAUUAGCUGGGCAUGGUGACGUGUGCCUGUAGUUCCAGCUACUCAUGAUGCUGAGGCAGGAGAAUCGCUUGCACCCGGGAGGCGGAGGUUGCAGUGAGCCGAGAUCUAGCCUGGUGGCAGAGUGAGACUCCGUCUCAAAAAACAAAACAAAACAAAACAAAAAAAACAGUGUAUGAAGUUCUUAGGCUUCAUAAGAACUUCAUACUUCUUAUGAAGGUAUGAAGUAGGCUAAGAUGAAUAACUCUGAGGCUGGGUGCGGUGGCUCAUGCUUGUAAUCCCAGCACUUUGGGAGGCUGAGACAGGCGGAUUACCUGAGGUUGGGAGUUCGAGACCAGCCUGACCAACAUGGAGAAACCCUGUCUCUACUAAAAAUACAAAAUUAGCCGGGCAUGGUGGCACAUGCCUGUAAUCCCAGCUACUCGGGAGGCUGAGGCAGGAGAAUCUCUUGAACCCGGGAGGCAGAGGUUGCGGUGAGCUGAGAUCGCACCAUUGCACUCCAGCCUGGGUAACAAGAGUGAAACUCCAUCUCAAAAAAAAAAAAAAAAAAAGAUAAAUAACUCCUAUUGCUUAAAGGCAUAAUUAUUCAUUGAAUGCCAUAAAGAUCCUUAUUUUUUUUUGUGGUCCUGUAAGUCAAAUUACAAAAUGUUAAAUAAUAAUGUCAUAAAUUUAUGCCAUUCCAUAUUGUGCUAAAUAUUUCUUCCUUAAUUUAUUUUACAUCAUUGAUCUUCCAUCAAGAGAACAUGAAAGUCUUUGCCACAUAUUGGGUGACUUUCAAAGAGAAUAAAACACUAUUUCCCUUGCCUUUUCAUACUAGGGCAGUAUCUCCUCUAGCUAGUGCCCAUACAGAAAAUUCUAUCACCAUACAAAAUUUAAUGCAGUAUUUGUGUUUUUAAGCACAGGUGUACCGAAAACUGUGAAAAGUCUGAAUUUAUGGAUUCUAUACAUGCAUUUUUGCCUAACCUAGAGAAAGAGUUUGAUAAAUUUUUACCAGCUUUGAAGAUGGAUUAACUUUUGACUUUGAGCUUUAAACUUUUAAGUCAGACAUUUCAGGGCUAAUUUGAUUUUGUAGAUACCAUUGUAAGAACUUUAUUUGAAAGACUGAAUAAAGGGAUUUGAUUUGUUUUCAUCAUUUAAGCACAGUCUUGUGAUGACGAGAACAUAAGUGUGAUUCUUUUCUGUAUUUUGAGGUCCCUAAUCCAAAGCCCAUUUUGCUAGGAUUUUUUCUGCUAUCAGAUGUGUUUUCACUCUAAACCUAGUCUUUUAUGACAUGAAUUGAUUACUUCCUGUUAAUUUUCUAUCCUCCCUUACUAUCCCCCUUUUUUGUUUUCAGUAUUCAGUAUUUCAGUAUUCUAGAGUAGAUUUUGAUAUAAAAGAAAAUAAUUCUUACAUCAUCUUUUGCAACAAAUUUUGUUUUCUGAAUUGAUAAUAAAUUUAAAAAGUUGAUUCCUAUUUUCACAUAUGUUCAUAUGCCCCUAUGUUUGGGGGUAUCACGCAGUUUUCCUUUUUUGUGUAAAGAUGUUUUGUAAAACAAAAUUGUCUCAAAGUGAUUAUAUUAUAUAUAUAAAAAGUAACAGAUUUUAACAAAGGUUAAAAGAUUCUUGGGGUAACAGAUUCUUCUGGGGCUUGGAAAUCUUCCAUUUCUCUUGAGGGUUUUUUUAAUGAGUGUUAAAUAUGUUAAAAUUUUUAUUUCUACCUCAUGUGUUUUUUUAAAUUAUUACUUGAAGUUUUUUAUUUAAUAAAUUUUUUCUACUAAUGGA